CGGUUACUAUGGUUUCUUCAAUGACGAUUUGUAUUUUCUACUUGUGGGUAAGGACAGAAAAAAAAGAAAGGGACUGAAGCACAGUGAAACUGAAGAAUAACAAUUGGGAAAUGUUUCGAUAAUGCAAGAUGUACAAAAUCGGUGGCCAACGAUGUCUGCUUCUCUGCGCAAUAACAUUACUACUUCAACUGCCAAGUGUGAGAAAUGGUUUUGCAUGUUUGAGCAACCCGUGCGUCCAUGGUGUCUGCCUGGAUGAUCUGAAUUCGACAUAUUUCUGUUACUGCAUCGACGGUUACACUGGAAUCCAAUGCCAAACUAACUGGAAUGAAUGUUGGUCAUCACCAUGCCAAAAUGGCGGCAUUUGUAUCGAUGGCAUAGCCAUGUUUGAUUGUUCCUGUCCAGCAGGAUAUGCAGGUACUUUAUGUGAAGAAGAUAUUAACGAAUGUGAAAGUAAUCCCUGCCAGAAUAACGGAACCUGUUUGGAUGCACAAAAUGGCUACACAUGUAACUGCCUACCUGGAUAUUCAGGAAUGUAUUGUGAUAUAGAUAUUGCUGUCUGUAACGCCACCAACGAAACGAGAUGUUCAAAUGGGGGAAUAUGUGAAGAGGGACCUGGAGAAACAUUCACUUGCCGAUGCCAACCGGGUUGGGGAGGCUUGUUGUGCGAUGUGGAAAUAGAUGAAUGUGCCUCAGCCCCUUGUCAAAACGGAGCAGCUUGUAUAGAUUUACAUGCUAAAUACUCAUGUGCUUGUCUUUUUGGUUUCACUGGACAGAAUUGCGAAGAAGUUAUGCAAAUAUGUGAUGAUAACCCUUGUAAUAAUGGUGCUUUAUGUUUGUUAGAAGAGAACCGGGCUGAAUGUUACUGCGUUCCUGAUUUCCAUGGAGAUUUCUGUCAAUAUCAAUACGACGAGUGUCAGUUGGGACCAAGGUGCAUGAAUGGAGGAACAUGCAUUGAUGGAAUAGAUAAAUCUACUUGUUCCUGCCCACCUUAUUUAACUGGCGUCCUUUGCGAAUGCCUAAUACUACCAAACAAUACUUUAGACUGCACUUAUGUUAGACCAAAACCUACUGAUAUUCCAACCGCUACUUCUUCUUAUGACAACAUGACAAUAAACAGUGUUACAUUCACUACUAUUCUCACAUCUAUUUCUACAAUCCAAGUGCCAACUACAGAAAUUUCUACUCAAAUGACUAUCUCUACCAAUAAUGAGAGUGCUAUUCCAAUUACGAGUACCUAUGCUAUCGAAGAAUCUUCAACAACUGAAAUCUCCAAGCAAACUUUCAUGACAACCCUAUCUCCAACAGACUACACGCCGUUUGGAAAUGACUUGUCCUCGAGUUCUUCAAGCACAAUGUUCACUACUGACACUACAACUGUGAGUACGGAACUACAAAGUCUCAGUACCGAAGUAACUUUUCAAACGACUGAACAAUCUGUUUCCUCAAAUCUCAAUUCUGAAUUCCCAACUUACUCUACAUCAGUUUAUUUUGAAACUUCUCCGGUUUCGUAUUUCGAUAAUUUUACUUCUGCUGCUCCAGAGCAAUUCACUAGUACAGUUGUUUUUGAAUCUUCUUCAACAAUUUCAGCAACUUCUUUCCUCACUGAUAUCACAACCCACAUAGAAGAUACAACUGUUUUUAAUACUUCUUUAAUAGACGUGGAAAUGAAUAGGACUUUUUCAGAGUAUAGCAGUACUUUUAUUUCAAAUUUUUUCACUACUGAACCGACAAAGAAAAUAGAAGCGAGUACCUUUACAAGUACAAUUCCAACAACCUUUGAAACAACAACCUACUCAUCGACUGAAGAAAGUAGUACGGUAGGUCGUAUCGAUUGUACUAGAUACGAAACAAGAUGUCAAAAUGGUGGAACAUGUGUUUUUAUCGAGUCCAACUAUAAGUGUGUGUGCCCUUUCGACUAUGAAGGUAUGUAUUGUGAAGUGAAACUUGGAAUAAAAAAGGCUGCUUUUAAUGGACAUUCAUAUCUCUCACAUCGUCUUCUGAGUGAUUCUUACCGCAUUUCACUCGAAUUUGAAGCCAUGACCAUGGCUAAUGAUGGUCUCUUAUUUUUUUGUAAUAUUGAUUUACCUCAUAUGGCCUUAUAUAUGGAAAAUGGUUACUUGAAGUUCAGAUUUUCCUGUGGAUACCAAACCAUGUUGUUGAGUGAGUUGAAGGUGCCUGUUAAUGAAGGGUAUACCAUGAAUAUAAAAGCAGGGUUGGAUUUUAGUCGAAACUUCCAACAUUGUAACGCCUCUAUAAAAGUAAACAAUAGUCUAUCUAUGACUGGAGAUCAAACAGCAAGAAUAAAUCGGUUUUCUCAUCCUUCAGCAUGGCUGCAUUUAGGGGGAUUGCCUGCAGAUUCCAUUACCGGAGCUUCUCUUCCUGUUGGCGGAUUUGUCGGUUGUAUGUCGAAUCUCAAGAUUGCCAAUCAGAAAGUAAAUAUCUACGAGAACGCCGAAGAUGGGCAGGAGGUAACAGAGUGUUCUUCUUUAGCAUGUCUAUCAAAUCCUUGCCGAAACGGAGCUUCUUGUACUUCAUCUGGAAAUAGGUGGCAUUGCCAUUGCAGAAAUGG